CUUGGAAUGAAAAACACGUCUUUUUCUUCAGAUAGAAGUAAUUAGUAAUUAGUACUAGUAAUACAUAUAUAUAUAUACAGUAAACACAUCAUAAUCCCCUAGAUCUCUGAUCGAAUUCUUAAGCUUCAUCGCAGCAGUUCUCAAUUCAUCAUCGUUAAGCACAGUUGUUUUUCAGGUUUGUACAAUCAUGGAACUCGCAAUUUACGCAUCUUCAAUCGUGGAUUUCGAUCUCUGGUUUUCGUUUUGGAUUUCGCGUUGGGUUUCCUUUUUUAGGGUUAGGGUUUCAAUUUUUUGGUUGAUAUCAAUUUUUCUAUCAUCAUAUUUUCGGGUUCUUUCGCUUAAUUUUAACAAGGGGGUUGUUUCGAUUUAGGGUUUUGAUGUGGUUGAAUUUAUUUGUGACUUUUUCGUAUUUGGAUCCUGAGUUACACUUAUUAUCUCGGUGGAUGGAUUGAGGAUAUAUUGAUUUGUUCAACUGAUACUGCACAUGAGGGAGAAUUUUAUUAUGUCAAUUUCUCUUCGCUUCAUUGAUAUGUUAAGUUGACUGAACCAUGGGACCGUGGCUAUCACUGUUACGUGUUUAUGAUCUUCAAGACAAUGGAAAGAGCAGAAGUUUACACACCUUCAAUCCUGGAACUACCCUAUGGUUUUAAUCGUUUGUGUCCUCCUUUCACUUUUCUUGCAGAAUGCCGCAAAUUGUCCCACGAGUAUCAAAAAUGCAGAGUGGAAGAUCGUUGAGUUGGGGCCGUCAAUCCGCCAAUGUUCCUAUAUGUAAAUUUUGGUUGGCCGGAGAUUGUAGAAGAAAUCCAUGUCGUUUUGCACACCCAAAAAUUGCUGCACCUGUUACUUCUGCUUUGCGCUCGAGUCAGAUGAGAUUUAAACAAUCCCAUAUUCGUCAAAGUCAAAUGAAAGUAAAUAUGAAAGAAGUCAAAAAUAAAGCAAUUGAUAAUUGUGCUAAGAGCCGUGCUAUCCGGUUGAAUCGAUAUGUUUUAAAAAGGUCUGACACCCUGCAAAGGCAGUUGAAAGCUGAUAUUAAAGUAGAACAUGAGGAUGGCAUUGAGCUCAAAAGAAAGAAGAAAGAGCCUUCUGAAAAUAAGAUUAAAGAAAAUGAAAAUGGCAAUGAGCUCAAAAGAAUGCGAAAAGUGCCUUCUGAAAAUAAAGUUGAAGAAUGUGUUCCUGUGGAGAAAAGGAACAAUGUUAGUUCUAGUGAUGUUUGUAAUCUAGUGAGUGAAAAUAUACAAAUGUCCAAGGGUAUUAAAGUUUGUGAGCAAUGGGUAAAAAAGAGUUGUGAUUUUGGUGAACAGCAAUUCCUACAUUCUUGGAGUUAUGGCGAUGGAUUUUCCAUGCUUGCUCAACUUGAGGGCCACUCAGAGGCUGUUACUGGAAUUACUUUGCCAUCAGGCUCUGAUAAGCUUUUCAGUGGUAGUAAAGAUGGGACUGUUAGGGUUUGGAACUGCCAUUCCGGCGAGUGCAUUGCUGUAGCAAAUAUGGGUGCUCCUGUUGAAUGUCUUAUAAGUGAAGGAUCAUGGGUGUUUAUGGGAUUAACUAAUGCUGUUAAGGUACUAAACAUUGAGACAAAUGCGGAAUUCAUCCUUAGUGCACCAGGUGGACAAGUGUAUACCAUGGCUGUUGCUAAUGGAUUGCUGCUCGUUGGAGUUCAUGAUGGUUCAAUACUAGCCUGCAAAUUCAAUCAUGAAACUAGCUCGUUUGAUGUUGUGGCAACACUGAAGGGUCAUACCGGUGCCGUGACUUCGUUGAUUGGUGGGGUUAAAUUUAAAAAUAUGCUUUGUUCUGGUUCAGCGGAUAAAACAAUAAGGGUGUGGGACUUGGACACUAUGCAAUGUACCCACUUACUUGACAAGCAUUCUGAGGUUGUGAUGUCUUUGCGUUUUUGGGAAGAAUAUUUGUUUUCCGGCUCUUUGGACAAGACAUUAAAGAUUUGGGCUUCCACUGAAGCAGGUGUAGUGGACGUAACUUAUGAACGCAAUGAGGAGCAUGGUAAUCUCUCCAUGUGUGUUAUGCAUGACUCAACAAAUAAACCAAUGCUACUAUCCUCAUGCGACGACAACACUGUUUGAUUGUAUGAUCUGCCAUCUUUUGCUGAGAGAGGCAGGAUUUUUGCUAAGCAAGCAGUUUGCUCAAUUCAUGUUGGCCCGGGAGGGCUUUUCUUCACCGGUGAUGGAACCGGUUUGGUGUCCGUGUGGAGAUACUCAAGUGUCCAAGUAGAAUCAUGAGAGAAAUGCAUUAUUAUUAUUAAUACAAAAAAUUUUUUUGAGUAUUCAUCUGUGUAGUGUUAAGAUCACUACUGAAAAGAAUGUGUUCUUGAUGUAAAUUGACUUAACGGAUUCAUAUUCUUAUAGAAGUAAAAUCUCCUCAAUUUUCAUAAUUAUAAUUAAUUGGAUUAGAUUCUUUUUAUAUUCCUUAUCUUCUUGAUUAUAUUUCUUCUAUCAGGCAAUCUUUUGGAAGACCGUCUUUCCUAGAGACAGCUCUUAAGAGCCCAACCCUAUUUGCAUGGUAGUUUAAAAAAAAAUUUCGGCUUUUCAAAUAAAUCAACGCGCUUGAAGAAAUUUGAAGUGUCUAAUUUGAU